AUGAAAUGGAGGAAUUUAACCUCUCAAAAUUCAAUCUUAUUGGCACUUUUACACCCACUACGUUAUCAAUCCACUCCGUCGCCAUCUUCUUAUGCACCCAUUUUCAAGUUCUUGAUCGGCUUAAAUCUUCUGAAACUAGGCCAACAAGUUCACUCCCAUCUGAUUAUCCGCGGACUUAAUCCCAACUCAUUCCUCGGCGCAAAGAUGGUUGCAAUGUACGCUAGCUCAGGUGACAUCGACUCCGCCAUUGUUUUAUUUGAUUCCAUUCGGCAAAACGCGUCGAUCCUUUUGUAUAAUUCGAUUAUUAGAGCGUGCUCGCUUUACGGUCUUUCGGAGAAAAGUGUUGGUAUUUACUUGGAGAUGAAUUCGGCUGGGGUUCCUGGUGAUUACUUCACAUUUCCCUUUGUGUUAAAAAGUUGUGCGAGUUUAUGCAAUCUUGGGUUUGGUAAAUCUGUUCAUGGGAAAUGUUUAACAAGUGGGUUGGAGUUUGAUUUUUAUGUGGCAACGUCUUUAAUCGAUUUCUAUGUGAAAUGCAGUGAACUCCGUGAUGCUCAUAAACUAUUCGAUCAAAUGCCUGUAAGAGAUGUAGCCUCCUGGAACGCAUUGAUUUCCGGGCACAUGAAAACCGGUAUGGUUCAUCUUGCUGAAGAUUUGUUUUCAAAAAUGCCGAAUAACAACAAAAACAUCGUAUCAUGGACAACAAUGAUCUCUGGGUACACACAAAACUCCUUACCAAAUCAAGCCCUCCAACUGUUCGACGAAAUGACAACCGAUCUCUCAAACAUAAAACCAAACUGGGUAACAAUAAUGAGCAUUCUUCCCGCUUGUUCCCAAUCAUCAUCACUAGACCAAGGCAAAAAGAUUCACAAUUAUGCCACCAGCAUCGGUCUCGACUCAAACCCAUCCAUCCAAACAGCACUAGCCGCUAUGUACGCCAAAUGCGGGUCCCUUUUAGACGCCCAAAUUUGCUUCCAAAAAAUCCCCCAAAAUCGAAAAAACCUAGUGUCAUGGAACACAAUGAUUAGUGCAUACGCGACUCACGGAUACGGGAUCGAAUCCGUGUCCACAUUCAAUGACAUGGUUCGAGCCGGUGUCCAACCGGAUGCAAUCACAUUCACCGGGUUACUAUCUGCGUGUAGCCAUUCGGGUUUAGUUGAUAUCGGGUUAAACUAUUUCAACUCCAUGAAAAUUGCAUACAACAUUGAGCCAAGGCACGAGCAUUACGCGUGUAUUGUGGAUCUUUUGGGGCGAGCCGGGCGAUUAAAAGAGGCAUAUGAACUCACUUUAAAAAUGCCGAUGACACCGGGAGCAAGUAUAUGGGGUGCGUUGUUGUCGGGGAGUAAAAAUUAUAGAAAUCUUGAGAUUGCGGAGAUAUCGGCGAAACGUUUGUUUGUUUUGGAGCCCGAAAAUAGUGGGAAUUAUGUGAUUCUUUCGAAUAUGUAUGCGGAAGCUGGGAUGUGGGUAGAAGUGAAUAAUUUAAGAGACUUGGUUAAGGCUCGAGGCGUAGAGAAAAAUCCGGGUUGUAGUUGGUAG